AUGGAUUACGAACAGCACAUCGGUUCUUUCAAGCUUCAUACCAAGACCCACAUCCCCCAAACAUGUCUUGAAUGCAAGCAGCGCAAGGUACGCUGCGACAAACAACCGGGGACAUGUCGCAAUUGUCGACGGCUGGGAUUACUUUGCUCUCUCAACAAUGAUGAGCACAAACUUCACGCGAGGCCGUCACCGUCAAGGAAACGUCUUAGAGGAGCUCGUGCCUGUUCUUACUGUCGUCUCAAGAAGAUCAAGUGCUCGGCGACGCUUCCAGCAUGUGACGCCUGUCAGCAAAGGGACAUCAGAUGCACUUAUCCGCCACUCAAGCGUUACCGACGCGCCCCAGAAGGUUACUCGCAUGAGGAAACCACACUGGAGGAGGAAACACCCCAGCAACACGAAGAUUCCUUUCUGGAAAGAGAACGAGGCUUACAGGCUGUCUCCCAAUUCCCAAGCAGUCCUCCCGCUGCUGAACCAGCAGAGCACCAACAUCAAAAUGAACUAGAGCAGCAGCAGGAGCUUUAUAGCGAUCGUCAAGACGACCUGGUGAUUGAUGGGGAGUAUGAAUGUGAGCACGAGCAUCAGCCCGUACAGGAAUGCAGUGAGGAACCGGAGCGAGAACGAGGACAGGAACCGGAGCAUCGACGGGAACGGACUCACCAGCAACAGAGCCAGCAACAGGAUGAGGAUGAUCAACGACUGGAGCAUCAACAACAUCGGUGGCAAAGAGUAGACGUGCAUCGGCAGCGGCAAUCUACGGGACAUCUUACAAGGUUCGAAGAAAUAGCAACAAUGCCGCUGUCUUCACCCGCAGACUCAUCAGUGUCGUGGCAUCCAUCAUCAACAGAGUCUGUGGCAAGGGGCUCAGGCAAUGGUGGCCCAAGCCGGGAUCAAAUAGACACCCUCCUCGACAUAUUCUUCAAGUUCAUCUAUCCCAUGCCAUCAUAUGCAUUUCUACAUCCAGAUACCACCAGGAGAAGAUGCCGUUCUCAUGAUGUGCAUCGUGCCCUUCCUGCUUCAAUUUGCGCGGUUGCAAUGCUGUACCUGCGCAGAGAAGUUGAUCUCGACCUUGAUCAUCAGCAAGACUCGAGUCGAAGAGCACUCAACUACAGCGUUACCUCCGCCGAGGCUACGAGCGCGUGGAUCAGGAUGGCCGAGGAGAGUAUCUGGCGAAGUCUCGAGUCGCCGAGUAUAACCAAACUCCAGGCGCUUCUCCUGGUGAUACACUAUUACAUAGAGACGGAGCUUUUUCAGAGGGCUUUCAUGUUGACAGCCACGGCUGCUCGUUUCGCCACGACAAUGCGACUCAAUUACGAGCGGCAUGACCUUCAGCCCGUUGCGCGAGAGGUCCGACGUCGUACUCUCUGGUCUCUCAAGAUGGUUGAGCGCUAUUUCUCGAUUGGUCUUGCCGAGUUCGACUCAUUGCCCAUGGAGGUCAUCUAUAUCGACUUUCCCAGGAGCGAGGAGGACUUCAUGGCGAUGAUCAACGGUCGCGAAGCUGAUGCUACUAGAAACGAUCAAGCCAACGGCGAUUGCCCGACCUACUAUGGCGAGGGGGGCACCUACGGGCUUGUUAUACAGCUGGAAGCAAUUCGAAAUGAUGUGAUGAAGAUCUCAAGGAAGAUCGCGCUGCUGGAAACUCCUUUGGGUAAUCUCACAGACCUCUUCAGCCACCACUUGCAAACUCUAGCAUCCAUGGAGAAACCGGCGCCGAUCCUAGAAGCUCUCCUAAGCGCGGAUGAAGCAUUCCAGCCCCUUGGAAGCAGUAGCAACAGAGACAAGUCGAUCUCCCGAUGGCUGCCCCGUCUAUUGCUGGCUCACAUCUCCUGGCACCAAGCACACUGCGACAUCAACCGCAUCCUUUUGCCUGGGUACUCGGAAGCUGCUCCUGCUGCUGUGCUCGCUGGCCAUGAUCACCAUGCCCUCCUGAUUGCUGAGGCUCAGUGCUUGCAUCACGCAAUGCGAAUCAUCUACAUACUCACCACGCUCAACCAGCAUAGCACACAACACCACCUCCUCGAAUUUGACACCGCUAUAUGUGCUUAUCAUGCCACCCGUCUUAUACUCUUCAUAUCUCGAUUUGGCAAAGGACCUGCUCGGCCGUCACCGGAAUUCGCUGUUAGCCGCGCCGAGCUUUGCCUAGCUGCGCUCAAGAGAUUUUUCCGAUUCUCAGCGCUCGUUAGUCCCAUCAUUGGAGAACUGGAGGAGUCCAUCAACAUCUUCUCAGAACAGCAAAAGAAGAAGCAAAACUUUCCUAGCAGUCAGCCAGAGGCUGCCGGAUCUAUUCACGCUACGGCGAACCAGGGGGAGGCUGCCGUAGCAAAUGCAACACAUUCGGCGGGAACUCUGUCUCACAAAACAACACCAGGUUCCUCGGGAAUCACAACGAACGAGACAGGCAGAGCCAUGAAUAGCGAACCCACAGAGGAUCAGGCUCUUCAAAGUGAUGCCCAUCAGCUGUCCUCGCUACGGAGUCAAAGCAGAUCAGGCGGUCGGUUUUCUGAAGCUGUGCGUGCUCGGCAGCGCUUAGCUGUACACAGUCUACUGCGCCGGGCUGAAUCGUCAAAUGUUGGACGCGAUGAAGAAGAAGACCAGAGGUCCCAUAUUGAUGAAGUAACUCCUGGUUCUGACACAACUCCUCGGCGUUCGUCGUUUAUAAUGGAGGGUUACAGUCCUCCCAGUCAGGGCAGUCAUGGUGCUUCUGCAGAGGAGAGACCUCAUGUGGUUGACGCAUCGACCGCUACCACUGAUGCGACCACCGGUCUACAAACAACGAUUUCCUAUCCGAAACCGAACUUCACGGCAAACAAGCAUGCUAUAAUGGGUAGGUCUCGGCCAUAUACGACCAGAUCACAGAACCAAGAGCCAACGAGCACUCGCAGCCCUGCUAUGCCGGACGUCUUUGGGUGGUGGGCUCCCCGGGACUGGGCAUGGCUCCUGCAGGAUCAACUCAGGGAAUUGGGUGAAAGCAUUUGA